AUGCUCCUGGGAGUCACACCGAUCCCAAAAUGUUUUAGGAUCGAGGCGGCAACCCUAGACGGUGCACGGCAUCAUCGCAAGGUACGUUAUGACCAGCUGUCUGUUAAGUUUGAAGAAAUCAGUCUGCCAAAGCACUCCGCUUCUAAUGGGAUUGUGGUUCACAACUUGUCCUCCCAUCCUAGCAAGCAGCAACAGCUAAAGAUUCUAUUCUAUGACGCAAAAAUCAGCACGAUAGAUGCUCGACUAGAAGACUUUGUCGCAUCCUGUGGAUUGGCGCCCCAGAAAUGCGAGGCAAGUGAGGAGUGCAAGAACGUCGUACGGCAAUAA